CCCGCCGUGUGCACGUCGCCCGGCACACCACCACGGCCGCGGCCAGAGAGCCAGCACUGCAUCCUGCGCGCUGUUCUCGCGCGCCCGGCUCGUCGCGCUCAGAACGCGAGUGGAAUGCACCGUCCAAGCCAUGCACGUGAUGGCCAGGUUACCCUCAGAAGAGUAAGGCGGCGGCUAGAGUUCCGCCAGCGCCAUCGACGUCGCAGCGCUUCUCCACCACUGUGCCUGAUGAUGCUCUGCAACCCACAAUCCCCGUAGUGCUCCUCUCGGUCCAACAUGCGGAUACGGAAGCCCUUUGCCGGGGCCUUUGUAGGCCUGAUUUUCAUUUCCGCCGUUGCUGGGUUUUCCCCCUCCGACUACUCACUCCCCAGCUAUGCCCAAUCAGACAAGGUGCUGCACUUUGUUGCCUUCUUCCUGGUGACAUUUACCUUCUACUGGAUCCUCGAGACGUCGCGGCGCAAGGUGCUGCAACUCACCUUCACCGUGUGCACUGUGGGCUUGGGGUUGGCAAGCGAGAUUGUGCAGGGACUGCUGCCUAUCCACCGCGAAUUCGACUACUAUGACAUCGUCGCCAACGUGCUGGGGUCGCUGACUGCCCUUGCAGGCUGCAAUUGGUAUCACAAGCGCAUGCUCGAGAGGAAGCGGGCUGCACGCGGCUAUGCGGCCGUUGCAGGCGAUGAGGAGAGGGACAUUGAACUGGGAGAAGACAUGGAUGGGCAGGAGUCGGGUGUUGUCAGGCCUACAGUUGAUGAAGAGCUGGAUCGGUGGGAUGAGAAUGUAGAGGACUGGGACACGACAGAGCCGGAACCCACAAGUGGGAAGGCUCUUCAUGACGAUGAUGAUGAUGAGGAUGACUUGGGUGACGGGAAAAUGCGACAUGACUGAAGUGGCGUCUUGUACGAAUAACAUGAUUACGACAAUAUACGAAUGAGGAUAUCUGGAAUUUAUUCUUGCAUAUUCUGGUAGAUCUAAC